AUGGUUAUCCCUUGCCCUGAUGAUACAAACAGUCCAUCAAAGGCCAUAGAUAAACCUGAAGCAACGCAUGGAACCCUCUCUAAUGGCAAAGCUCCAAAUUUAAAAAAUAAGGAAAAGAGCAAGAGCAAAACUGACAAUCUCCAUAAUAUUAUUUUCUUAGAUAACAUCGAUGAGUGA